AGCACUGCAGAUUUCAGGAAGGCUGGUUAUGGGGCAUCUCCAAUCUGUCAGAGGAGCUGGUAAUUAUGGAGACACUAUACCUACAUGUAAGAGGAUGCCUGGAAGAGAAGUUGCCUGGAGCAUAUUUAAUAUGAGAGACUCGAAUUGAAACCUGUUUAGCCAGAACCAAUGAUUUGAAUUCACAACCUUUCCAAAGGGCCCCUGGCUGUGUUGUUGAUUCUCCAGUGGUUUGUGUCCCAACGUUUCCUGGCAUUACCUAACCUGGAUUCUGGUUGACAGCUCCUGAUUGGUGCCCUCUGCAUAUAUAUUGUCAGGAUGUGGAAUCCUGAAGUCAGCGCCUUGCCUUCUCUUGGGCUUUGAAGCAUUUUUGUCUGUGCUCCCUGAUCUUCAGGUCACCACCAUGAAGUUCUUAGCAGUCCUGGUACUCUUGGGAGUUUCCAUCUUUCUGGUCUCUGCCCAGAAUCCGACAACAGCUGCUCCAGCUGACACGUAUCCAGCUACUGGUCCUGCUGAUGAUGAAGCCCCUGAUGCUGAAACCACUGUUGCUGCAACCACUGCGACCACCACUGCUGCAACCACUGCGACCACUGCUGCUCCUACCACUGCAACCACCGCUGCUUCUACCACUGCUCGUAAAGACAUUCCAGUUUUACCCAAAUGGGUUGGGGAUCUCCUGAAUGGUAGAGUGUGUCCCUGAGAUGGAAUCAGCUUGAGUCUUCUGCAAUUGGUCACAACUAUUCAUGCUUCCUGUGAUUUCAUCCAACUACUUACCUUGCCUACGAUAUCCCCUUUAUCUCUAAUCAGUUUAUUUUCUUUCAAAUAAAAAAUAACUAUGAGCAACAUAAAAAUGGUAUUUCUUAGGGGCUAUGGGGUGGUUGUCCAGUGUUUAGACAAUCCAAGUGACAGACACUUCAGAUUUUACCUAAUACUUCCUUGUGCUCCUACUAAUAACUAGACUUCCUAUUUAUUUCAGUUUCUUUUUUAAAUAAGACACUAGUUUUGGGCAUAAUACUAAAGACUAGAGAUUUCUCUAAUAUGGAUAGACUAAUCAAUACUUACUAGGUACAAAUGUUCAGUUUGAUUCUGCCAAACUCUCCUAUCAACUGACAGAAUUUUUUUCUUACCUGUAAUGACUUAGCAUGUGUGGUAAGAAAGAAGAAAGGAACUCCUGGCAUCUGGGUACUGGUUUGACACAGCCAAGUUUCAGAGUUGUUAGAAGGUGACUGGAUGCUCACAGUUAGGCAAUGGUGUUUUCCUGUUGGACACAAUCUCACAAAAUACCAGCAUCAGACAAGGCCAUUCAGUGACUGAUGAAUUGAGAGUAAAAAGAAAAACCAAUGCAUAUUUUUUUAAGCACAGACAAAACCGGAGUUAGUGU